AUGGCUGCAUCAGUUAAUGAAAUGCCUCCUAAUUCUGAUUAUGUGAAUCCUAUGUCUGUGAAGGACAUCAUCGCUUCUGUUACCUCUGACGUUGACGUCAUCGAUAAUCUGAGUACUAUCCUCGCUGAGGUAGGAGUGGUAAACUUGAGAUUGCUCGAGUCCAUGGCUUCCUCAAACCAGUUGUCCAAGGAGGUCAUCACUAAGUUUGGCAUAAUCCCUGAAGUCUCCCCCAAGAAGGUUAUAGCUGGUGUGCUUCUUACUGCUGCUGCUAACGAGGCCAGAGCCCAAUUGCAAAUUGCAGUCGCUGAGAAGAAGUCUGAAGCAUCGGACUCCUCACGCCGUGUGACAGCUAUCCGGGACCGCACAGGCUUCUCGGCUGCGGUUGCUGCGGUGCGACUGAAAUAUGGUUCGAUCCCAUUCGUCCCCUCCAAGAAGCUACUGGAGCAGUUACUGAGAGGUGGUCUUCAUUCAUUCGUCGACUUUGACGCUUCCCAUUUAUCGAAUAGGUCGGAUCGCCAGAUGGCGAUUACGCAUGAAGGGGAUCCGAUUAUGAUUCGAUCGGCUUCUGUGUCACAGAAGCCGAUCGAAUCUGUGUCACAGAAUCUGUGA